AUGGAUAGCGCCUACUUAAAAAAUCACGUUGGCAUGCUCCUGGCGAAGGGUGUCGCAGAGACGGUCACGGCGCAGCCCAGCAACCCGCAGGAGUACCUCGCCCUUUUCCUUCUCCAUCAGCUCCAGGAGGAGGAGCGCAAGGCGGACGCCGCAACGCGGCGUCGUAAGGUGGAUGACCUGCGGCAGGAAUGGUGCCAGCAGCGUGCCUUGCGCGAGAAGGCGGCUGUUGACAUGAUUCAGCGCUGCUUCCACCGCUUCCAGGACCGCCUUCGCACGAGGCGAGCCACCGAGGAGGAACUGCAGGAGGUGUACCAAGCGGCCGAAGCCGAGGCGGAGGAACUGCUGGACGAGGAGGAGGCGAUCAAGGCGGAGAAGGGCGGCGAGGACGGUGGCGAGGACGGUGCGGGCGCGACGUCGGAGAGGGACUCGGCCUCUCGCACCGCUGCAGCGCAGGAGAAGGAGGCCGUGAUGGCCGAGGCCCGCAGAGAGUUCUUCAAAGCACAGCGCUUCCUGCUGACUCUCUCGAAGAGCGCGGUAGGCCAGCUCAAGCACGAGCUGGAGGAGGAGGCAGAGCGCGUGCGCAUUGCGCAGGAUGCCACACUCGGCGCCUACCACCGUGCUGCUGCACAGGAGGCCGCGCUCGUGGAGGCGACCACCGCACCUUCGAUGGCAAAUGCCGCUCCUGCGCUCUCCCCUGCCGCGGCGGAGCUGGCGGAGCGCCUCAGUGAGCAUCGCGACCACCACUUCAUCUGCGUCCCGUACGUCAAGUACCUUCUCUUUCGCUGUUUGUGCUACCUUCUGCUCAACGCCACCCCCAAGGCUACGAACUCGGCCGCAAAGGUGGCCGCGCUGCUGAAGCCGUCGGUGCUGGUCCAGCAUCUGCGUGCCUUCAACCCGGUAGCCUCAUACGACCGCGGGGUGGCGCUCAAGCUGGAGCGAAUUGUGCCAGAGCUAGCCGGGUCGACCCACGGUGAUGAGGGCAAUGACGAGGGUGAUGGGGCGGAGCGCCACAAGCAGAACGGCGCGUCUGCAGAGGAGGAGGGCGCCAGCGUCCCGUUCACGCAGCCAACGACGCGCCAGGUGCGCCGCGCUGCGCGUGUUCUGCGCACCUGCUGGCUGGAUGGGGAGUACCAGUGCGAGGUGGACCCGGAGGAGUUCUACACGGAGGAGAUGAUCGAAGAGGAUGCCGCCGGGUCGGGGUCCGACAGCGAAGAGGGCGCACCGAAGCAGAAGCUCAUCCCGACUCUGGCGGACGAGAUCGAGGCAGCAGCCAAGGCACGCGAGCGUGUAGAGGAGCUGCGCAACAUCGUCGAGACGCAGGUGAAGCAGCGCGGAGGUACUGUGAUGUACGCUCUGCUGCGGUUUGUGUCCGCCGCCGUGGCGUACCGCGAGGCUCGCGAUGCCGUCGUGCAGCAGCGACAAGAGAUGGGGCUGCCAGUGGAUACUUUCGAUGAGUUGCCCGAGGACGAGGCCGAGGACCCUAUGAACGACGAGGCGCUGAUAGACGAGGAAACCGGCGAGCUGGACGCGGCGGGGGUGCAGGUGCUGCAGGAGCGCAUCGGCGUAGACACGGAGGAGGCCCUAGCGAAGAUAUGGGAGGCCCGCGACAGACGUCAGCGCGAGGCGUACUCGAUGAAGGCGAUCAGCCUGCAGCGUCAGCUCGACGUUAGUGGAGAGGACGAAGAGGACGAGGACUAG